UCUCAGCUUCCAAGUUCCAACUCCCCCAACCCCUCUCAGUUUUUGAGUCUCUUAUCUCUGUCUCCUCAUUCUCUCAGAGAGAGACAGAGAGAGCCAUUUGUAAUUGAAACCCACCCAGCUCCUCACAUUGUGGUCUCUUUGUUUCUCUAUCUUUCUGGGAUUUUCAUGCGAGUAUCCCAGUUUCCUGCAUCAGCAAUGGGAAACAUCAGAACUCCAUUCAAGGGGAUAAUUAAAGAUAUCAAAGGAAGGGCUGCAUGCUAUAAGGAAGACUGGGAACUUUGCUCAGGCAUUAGGAUAUUGGCUCCAACGACCUAUAUCUUCUUUGCUUCUGCUCUCCCAGUUAUUGCCUUUGGGGAACAACUGAGUAGGGAUACAGAUGGAAGCUUAAGCACAGUGGAAACAUUAGCUUCUACUGCUCUUUGUGGAAUCAUCCACUCAAUUAUUGGUGGACAGCCUUUGUUGAUUUUAGGAGUUGCAGAACCCACGGUUAUAAUGUACACUUAUUUGUACAAGUUCUGUAAAGGACGGCCAGAGUUGGGGAGCAAGCUGUAUUUAGCUUGGGCUGGGUGGGUUUGUGUCUGGACAGCACUCCUGCUGUUUCUUCUUGCAAUAUUCAAUGCAUGUUCCAUCAUCACUAGAUUUACAAGGAUAGUGGCGGAACUUUUUGGAAUGUUAAUUGCUGUUCUUUUCAUGCAAGAGGCUGUCAAGGGAUUGAUCAGUGAAUUCAGUAUUCCCAAAGCUGAAAAUACCGCAUUGGAAAAGUACAAAUUCCAGUGGCUGUAUUUAAAUGGGUUACUUGCCAUCCUUUUCUCAUUUGGUCUACUCUUCACUGCACUUAAGAGCAGAAGAGCAAGAUCAUGGAGAUACGGCACAGGGUGGUUGAGAGGAAUCAUUGCAGACUAUGGGGUUCUCCUUAUGGUCUUGUUCUGGUCAGCAUUGGCUUUUGCUGUACCCGGUAAAGUUCCGGAUGGAGUUCCUAGAAGGCUCUUUUGUCCACUUCCCUGGGAAUCUGCAUCAUUGUACCAUUGGACAGUGAUCAAGGAUAUGGGAAAGGUCCCACUUUCGUACAUUUUUGCCGCCUUUGUACCAGCAAUUAUGAUAGCAGGUCUAUACUUCUUUGACCACAGCGUAGCUUCUCAGAUGGCACAACAGAAGGAGUUUAACCUCCAAAAACCUUCUGCAUACCAUUAUGAUAUCUUAUUGCUUGGACUAAUGACUUUGAUUUGUGGGUUGCUUGGACUUCCUCCUUCGAAUGGAGUGCUCCCGCAGUCCCCAAUGCACACUAAGAGUCUGGCAGUUCUCAAGAGGCAGGGGAUCCGAAAGAAGAUGGUGAAAAAUGCCAAGGAAUGUAUCAAACAUCAUGCGAGCAACUCUGAAAUCUAUGGAAAGAUGGAAGCUGUAUUCAUGGAAAUGGAAACAGCUCCAACUACCAAAGAGUUGGAAAACUUGAAGGAGGCAGUAAUGAAAGCUGAUGAUGGGGGAGAUGCAAAGGGCAAAUUUGAUCCAGAGAAAGACAUUGAUGCUUAUUUGCCUGUCCGGGUUAAUGAACAAAGAAUGAGCAACUUGUUUCAGUCCCUCCUUGUGGGCGUAUCAAUAUGUGCUAUCUCUGUAAUCAAAAUGGUACCUACCUCAGUUCUUUGGGGAUACUUUGCCUACAUGGCCAUUGAUAGUCUCCCAGGAAAUCAGUUCUGGGAAAGGAUCUUGCUCCUCUUCAUCACUCCCGAACGUCGUUACAAAGUCUUGGAAGGCUCUCAUGCUUCAUUUGUGGAGUCGGUACCAUUCAAGUGCAUUGCUACAUUUACACUCUUCCAAAUUGUAUAUUUUCUGGUCUGUUUCGGUGUGACAUGGAUACCUAUAGCUGGAAUUUUGUUUCCAUUGCCAUUCUUCCUUCUCGUAAGCAUAAGACAAUACCUACUUCCCAAGCUGUUCGAGCCUUACUAUCUUCAGGAACUAGAUGCUUCUGAGUACGAGGAAAUUGCUGGUGCCCCACAGCGUACCCGAAGUCUCUCAAUUGUGGGAAAGGAACUACCUGAUUCUGGUAGCGAGGCUGGGGAGAGUUCAGAAGAAUUCUAUGAUUCUGAGAUUUUGGAUAAGAUAACAACCAAUAGAGGGGAGGUCAAACUUAGAACUGUAAGCUUCAGUGAACUUUCAGGUUUACCCAGAUGAUGUCCGAGUAUAAUGAGAGCUGCUAUUUUUUGAUAUACUCUGCUUGUACAAUGAUGAUCUUGAGUAUGAUCCUCUGAAGAAGUGACGACAUUUGCUUGUCUUCUUGUUUAGAAACAGCUAAGGACAAAUGAUAUCAUAUCAUAUAAUAUAAGAGAGAGAGAGAGAGAGAGAGACCAAAAAAGAAUGGAAAAUAUGUGGAAAAAAUAGAGAAAAGCUAGAAAGUUGGGGAAGCCAUUAGAAUGUAUACUGUGAGAAGUCAUAGCCCUUCAUUCAUUUGCUCAUAAUUAUACUAGCAAAAUUAUAGCAAAUUUCCCUCUUCUUUAUGUAAUUUGGUUUGUGACUACUAGAUUUUUUAUUGGUUCUUUUAUUAAAUUUUGUUAUUUACUCCCAGUGUGUAUAGAGAUAGUUAAGCUAGAAAUCAAAUCAGGUGUUAGAGAAUUUAGCACUAUGCAGUGUGCUCCAAUAUUUUUUAGUUAUUCCUGUGUCAUUUCAAUGUAUCAGACUUGAAACUUGAUAAUAAAUUAAUCUUUGCCAUGAGUGCAGUUAUGGGGUA